AUGCGCAACCAAGUGCUCUUUGUGGCCUUUGCCACGCUGGCCUCGGCUAUCAACCUGCCGACUAGAUCACUCCACCUCCUUGAGAGGCAAGCCACUUGUCCUGCCAAUUUCGAGCAAUGUGGAAACAGCCUUCCUAGCAGCUUUUGCUGUCCUAAAGGCAAGGUUUGUCUCCAGCUUGCGGGCAAGACAUCGACGCUAUGUUGUGACAGCCUGGACGGCUGUGAGAUCAUCGCGCCGAUCCUCUGCGACGUCCGCCUGCAGCAGGACCCUCGGUCAAGUGUCAAGACGACUGUGUUGGACAGCGACCUGCCAAAGUGCGGCAAGGAUUGUUGUCCGUUUGGAUACUCCUGCAACAGCGAUUCAGAGUGCGUCAAGAACUCUGAUCAAAGCGCAGCACCCCAGCCGCGGCCUCCCACCAGCAUUUCAAUUCCAUCAUCUACCUCAACGAGCCCUUCGGCACCGAGCAGCACUUCUUCCGACACCACGACGGAGACGGCAACGGCAACAGCAACGUCAAGGCCCGUCACCAGCGGAGUAUCAAGCGGCGGGGACGGCAAUGCUUCCAAGUUAUCCAUCAUUGGGGGUGUCGUGGGUGGCCUCAUCUUCUUGAUAUUGCUGGGUCUCGGGGUUUGCUUCUGCCUGCGCCGCAAGAAGAAGACAGAAGAGACGCUGCCCAUAUCGGGGCGCUCAACCUCAGCAGGUGUAUACCCACAUACGAUCAGUCACCCUAUCAUGUCCGAGAACUCAACGAUGCGGUCUGAUUUCAACCGCAAAGACAGCACCUGGCCCAUGCACCGCGCAUCCGGCCAGUUCGAGACUAUCGACCUCAAUGACUCCCGCCGGCCAGUGUCGUAUAACUCUGAUAGAAACCCGUUCAGUGACCGGCCCGUCAGUGCCGGCACAAACAGAUCGCAGGUGGCCCCGCUCCGAGGCAUGCGUAGCAGCAACGGCUCCAGCAUCGGCAGCGGACGGUUCCCAGUCCGACAGGGCGGCUAUGGAGGGAUGGGCGAUGGUGGCCCGCGUGACCUCGACCACAAUCGCCAACCCAGCACCGAGAGCAUCAAUGUCUUUGCCGACCCUAGGACCGUCAGCGAGAAUGGCUCGGAAACUGGCUCUGGGCCUCGUAGCCGACGGUCGUUUGAGCAUAGGCGCAUAUCCAACCAAACAACAUUUACGACCAUGAUGCGUCAAGCCGAAUUAGCUCCUGAUCAACCUUUCGUCCCUGCCACUGCUUACUCUGCGCUGGACCAUAGGAAGUAA